AUGGCUUCUGCCAAUGACACGAUAUGUCCACCACCGUUCAUAUCGGACGCCGACUACCAGGGAGGGGGAGGAUACGUCGAAGGCCGCUUCUGCGGCAUCAACCCGAGUGCGCCUUUGGGCCAGAAAUGCUGUCUACCCUGCCCGGUGCAAGACUGGGUGUACCCAGCCGACUAUGUGCGCACGCUCAAGGUGGCCAACUACGCUGGCAUCAGUUCCGUCGCGCUAUGCGGGCUGUUGCUCCUUUCCUUCCUCAUCCUGCCACCCAAGCGCAGUGGUCGGCAUUAUCUGACUAUCGGGGUCACGCUCGCCAUCGCAUUCCUCUCCGUUGCCUUCGUCAUCCCGCUCGGCACCGAGCCGGCCAUGUGCAGGGACAGGAUCACGCCCAACGGGCAGGACUCGGACACAUCAUGCACCUGGACCGGUGCGCUACUCCUGCUCGGAGCUAUGGGUUCUGUAUUGUGGAGCCGCCCCUUCAUGAUCUUUUCCAUCCUCACCGGCAUAUUCAUCCCCGUAGCCUUCACGGUAGUCAGCAUGAAAGUGACCGGUGUCUCCUACCGUACCGGCCUGGUCUGCCUCCCCAACCACCACAAAGCCAUUACUACAUUCUGGGCGUGGGAACUCGGCUUUGCUGGCGCCGCAUUGCUGGUGCAAUGUAUCACGACGGGAUACUGUGUGUGGGUGUUUCUGCGCGUGUUAGUUGUGGGGAAGGGGAAGAGAGAUGGCGGCGGCGGCGGCGGCGGCAGUGAUGACGGUCGUGAGACGGUGGCACAGGAGAGGAGUGGUCCUGAGCAGUCCAGCUUCGCAAGCCAGCCCAGUACAGGAUCGGAGCCGGCGGAACGGUCGCAAAAGACGUGGCGGCAGAUCAGGCGGAUAUUGCUGAUGCAGUGGCGCCACAUAGCGCUGACGGUCAUCAUGGCAGUCGAGUCCUUGUUCUACAUCAUCAUCUUCGUAGCACAAGACACGCGUUUCGGCGAGGCGGCGGCCAAUGUCGACAGGCCGGAAGCGAGGACGUGGAGUGCUUGUUUACUGUUCAACAAUGGGGAUAAGGAGGCAUGUCUGCAGUAUGCUGAAGAGUUGGCCAUCCCGCGGGAUCUGGUACUGGGAUCGCUGCUUCUGGGCUCGCUCAUCGGCACCCAGAACUUCUUCCUCUUAGCCAAACCAAGUAUCUUCCUUGGAUGGUGGGAGCUGCUCCGCCACCCCUUCAAACGCAUCCCUCUUCUUGGCCGGCGCGACUCUGACCUCCCCUUGACUUCUCUCGACCCCUCAGAAAGGCAAGCCCCUGCCCCCGGUACCACGAAAGCGACGGAAGCCCAGGACUACAGCGCCAACGGCACCACGCCUCUCAUGGUAGCCACCAACACUUCCGUUCCCUCCAGAUCUUCCAUGUUUUUUGGCCAUCGCCGUCCGCGCUCCCGAUCUUCCCGCCACUCGUCGUCCAGCAGCUUACACGGCGUCGAAGUCGACAUGCCGCCGGUAACAGUGACAAACCCGUACAAGCUCUCCCUCCCCUCCGAACGCGCAGCCUCGCUCAUCGACCCGGUCGAGCGUGCUCGCCUGGCCCGUACCGGCGACAUCGUCGACCUGCACAACCUCUACGCCACCGACGUCCGUGACGACAGCGCAGCCUUCAACGCAGCGAGGCCGGAGACGCCGCCGCCUCCACCGCUGCCGCUGAGCAUUGCAAAGUCUCCCACAACGUCGACGACUAAACAAUCAAUGGCAACCUCCGCCGCUUCCCUCUCCCUCCCCUCCCCCACCCAAUCCUCAUCCUCCUCUUUCCGCGCAGCAGGCGAAAGCUCCAUCACUCCAAUCGCCCACGCCCGGCCCCUGCCCCGCGCUCACGCUCGCGACGACCAAAUCUUACCGUCGUCAUCACCAUCACCAUCAUCGUCAUCGUCGUCAUUACCGCCAUCACCCGCAACAACCACCGGCCUCCCCACCCGAAGCGCAACCGUCCACCACACCCCUUCGCCGCCCCCUCCCUCGCACACGCCCGACUACCUCCGCCCGAGUCGCAGCAGCGGCAACAUGGCCACCGCCUUCAUGAGGGCCGACGGAGUCGCCGCCAACAGGCACCACCACCGCCUCCCCUCUUGGGCGGCGCACAACGGCAGCUCGUCGACGACACUCGGCAGGCCGUCCGGCGGCGCGGGGGGAGGAGGAGUAGGAGGAGCGGGGACGCUCGUUACGACGGCGGAGCUGCGCGAUGCGAUGCGGGGCGGGCUGGCGCUGCAUCCGGUGCGCGCGAAUGAGUUUGGGGAGGAGCUGGGUGGAGGAGCAGGAGCAGGAGCAGGGGCAGGGGCAGGGGAUGGAGGAGGAGGAGGAGGAGGAGGAGGAGGAGGAGGAGGAGGAGGAGCGGUGGUGGCGGGCACGGGAAUCAGUGAUGAUGAUGGCGACGGCGGCCGCAGCCAUGCCGCUGAGGAGGAUGGGGGUACGGGCGUCGGUGUCGGUGUCGGACGGGCUCGGGGGGACGGCGCUGCUGGAGAGACGGCUGGGAUGGGUGGGCAUCGUCAGGCAGGCGAGGUUGGGAGCGGUGAUUCGGAUGGCGCCUUUUCGAGCAGUGGGAGUGAUGAGGUCGUGGAUGGGAGGACGAGAAGGAGGAGAAAGAGGAGGGGAGGCUGA